AUGAAGCCCCGUUCUGGCCGGGAGCGCAUGCGAAUAGUUUACGUGAACAGCUUCGGCACCCACCGCUGCGGCUCCGUGAUCCAAUAUGGCGGCGGCCACAGGCGCCGUGAGGAGAAGGCCGCCGCUUCCGGUGUCGUAGACAGAGAUAUGUCCUCUACUUCCGGUUUGAGCCGGAGGCGGGGGGCGCCUUGUGUGGGGCUGAGGGGCGAGGCGGGUGCCGUUUCCAGGGAAGGUCGCGGAAGCCCCAGGUUCCCAAUCCCGCCUGGCACCGGUCCGAGGGGAGCGGAGUCGUGUGCUGCCGCCCAGGGACCGAGCCAGGGUGGCCAGGCAGGGGGAGCCCCCAGUCUCCGGGAGAGCGGGCCGGGGCUGCGAUGCACACAGAGCAGAGCGGGCGGCAGCGCGCAGACACCCGGCAGCCCUGCCCUCGCGCCCCCCGCCAGCCAGCGAUACGGUGGUCUUCAAAUGAAUCAGGCUGAUAAGUUUGGAUUCCCUUUCACUUCUAAAGUUGUUAAUAAAGUAAUAAAACGGAAAAAGGAAAAGUCUGAAGUCUUUCAUGGAGUGUUGAAAGUAAUUUCAAAAAUGCUUGAAGAAAAUGAAAAGUUUAGAGGCAGACUGUUGACUUGCAGUCAGUUUAAUACUGAAGGCAGUGAUGUGAACCAAAGCUCACAGAAUGAGGCUUCCUGCAUGGACAGAUGGCAAAAGAUAAGGACACCUCUGAGGAAAAGGGAAUUAUUAUGCCUUGAUCCUGAGAGAUGCAGAGUGCCUCCUGAGGCCUAA